AAAAGGUUUGUCAAUAAUUUCGUUAAAAAGGCUGAAAAAACAUUAUAAACGAAAUCCCGUGAAGGUGUCCACUUAAGAACUUAUAAAAUUUAUGUCAUGUUUCUUUAUCAUAAAAGAAACAGACAAGUCAAUUUCAUUUAAAAGAAACAGACAAUCAACUAAAACGUUUGAACGAAAUUGACAACUACAAUAACACGUUGAAUGACUGUGACUUUACUGGUACAAUAAUUUAUAACAAGGCACUCGUCACGGUGAAUUUGAAUUAUCAUGCAAUAAAUUCCCAACUAAUGAAAUGACUUUAUUUUAUCACAUUCUAGCCAAUCAAAAUCGUAAAAAAAAAUGUUUAUAAAACAAAGAACAUUUUUAUAGGGGAUGUAUUAUAGACGCUUUUAAGGAAAUAUAUAUACUAGUCGAUAAAGCCCGUGGCAAAAAUUCACUGAGGCAGGAUAAAAUGAAAAAGAAGCCAAUAUGUCAUUUUAUUUUUAAUUUUGAUGACGUCAGCAACCCAUCAACACAAAAAAAUUAGAACCUUGUUUUCACGUUGCCUCUAUUGUGUGUAGAGCUUAAAGCGCUGGUCAAGAAAAUGUAUAUGAUUAUGUGUAUCAUUAUAUGAUUAUGAUUAUGUGUAUAACCCGAACGAAUUUACUGCUUUAAAAUUAAGUCUUUUAAAAUUAAUUUUUAAUCAGAUAUGAGAAAAAUACUAAAAGAUGUAUUUAUAUGAACUGAAGUUAUUAACUUGGAAAAGAUUAGUUUAUUAUCAAAAAAAAAAAAAAAUGUUAAUUACUUUUAUGUGUUAAUUAAAUUCUUUCUCUUGCAUUGAAAUAACGCUUUGUUAAACCUAUAUAUACAAUCCUUUCAUAACAAAGAAACUACAUUAUUCGCGACGUUUCGGAUGUUCACACACCCAUUUUCAAGCAAUCAAAAACGUACAAUGUUCUCCUAAAUAUAUACAAGUUUAACAGCAACCAUAGUUACAUAUUAAAUACUAAUUGUAUAAAUACAAUGGAGCAGAUCUAAUGUUGUUAUUCAACUGGGGACUAUCCCGCAUUAUGAACAAACUCUCUUUAAUCUCUAGCAAAUACCGGUUGUUACCCCUAGAGAGUAUACUAAAAUCGUCAAGAGAUGAUGUAUGAUCUUUCAUAGCUUAAAAAAAACUGUUUGUAGUUGCUUUUUAUUGAAGCAUUGUUUUCCUUCGGAUGCUUGCUGACCGGGGAUUGAGCAGUCUCUUUGUAUGCAAAAGCAACAGUAAGAUUUAUGAGUUGUAUUAUUUUCAACCAUUUUAAUUUUAAAGUUGUAUUUUUGCUGGAGUAUUUUUAAAGAUUGCGUGAAGUUCAAAGUUAGUUGACAUUAACGGGUAUUUACCAAUGCGAAGCGUUUAUCCUGGUAUAUGAAAGAAUGAAGAUUUGAUAAAACAUCACAUUGUUUUUUUAUCUGGAUCACUAACAAGGAAGCUAAAUAAUGACGUCCAAAAAUGCUAUUGUUGUUGUAAUUAUACUGACCUUAUUGACAGGAGUAGCAACGAAUUGUGUAACGAAAAAAGAUGGAUUUUCAUAUGAAUGUUCCAUCGAAAUUUCUGGCGAAAAAUUAAGUUUCGAUAUUGAAAUUAAUCCAAACCGGGUGCCACCAUCUGUGAAAAUCUCCUUGUCUGCAUUUGGGAAGAGCUUUGUUAACCGUUUUGAUGUGUCAGGUGAAAUUUUCAUUCCUGGAUUGGUGAUCGAUGGCGUUAGAUUUUUCUUGAAUGUAGAAUUGAAUCCUAGCAGCGAUAAAUCGAAAUUACAUUUAAAGAUUCAACUUGUGGCAAAUUUGAAGGUUACAAGAUUCCGAGUAACAAUUUUUGAUAGUGAUGUCAAAAAGACAGCAUUCUACGAAGAUGUGAAGAAUUGGUGGGAAUCUCAAAGUGUUGGUGUAAGAUUUGCUAUCAUCGCUGCACCAAUAAUAAUAAUAUUUUUAUGUUGUUGUUAUUGUUGUUGUUGUUAAAGCUGAAUAAGUCCUCCUGCCUACUCGUUUAAAUUAGGCCCCACUUUUUAAUUAAUUUCUGCCAAAUAAGUCUUUACUUCCGAAUUAGUUUAAUAGGACUUUCCAUAAGCGAAUUAAAAUACUUAGUUAAAAAAAAGCAUUCAUAAAAUCCCUAAUAUAGGCUGAUGCAAAAAAUGCAGAAGUAUAUUUUCAAAGCUCCUUACUCAUUAAGCGAUUAUACAGUAGGGUGUAAACAAGUAAAAAAAUGAUAUAUCUUCUUUUUCUAGACCUAUGUAAUAAAAAAAUAAUCAACGUGCAAAUGCUAUUAGAGACAUCUAUGUUUGUUCCCUCUUCAUCUUCAUUUGAACUAACCAGAUUACGACAUAAAUAGUCGACUGUAAAAUGAUAAAAUCAAGCUCGAUAAUAUGCUUAUUUAAACAAAAGUGAUCCUAGACGGUGCUAUACUUAAAAAACAAUGAAACUCUCAUACUGUACUGGAUACAGACAGUAGUUUAUCAAAAACGUUGUUUUAAAUUCCGUUUGGAAUAACGUUAUUUCUAGUGACAUUUAAAAUACUUAUAAAGGUUCCCAAGUUGCCUAGUGUUACGACCUCCUUUAAAGGAUCUGAAGCCCUAGGGUAUCAUGGAUUAUUUACGGUAGAUAUUUUGAUAAUUUUUGUGAACGUAUUGUAAGUUUUUUAGUUAUAGCUAAAUUUUAUAGCAACAAAAUUCCUUUGUGUUCA